GGCUUGUGAAUACCUGCGUGAGGGCAGAGAGCUGCUGACAGACGCCUCCUGCCGAGGACGGAGCUGGGACUCCCGAGGGCGCGUCCUCCCUCCCCCGUCGGACACGGGUUUCCUCGGGAGCCGAAGGGGAGGAGUGGGCAGCCGGCGCCCUUCCCAAGUCUUCACCUUCUUCCCGGAGCGGGGAGCGUCCUGCUGGCGUUGCGGGCCGUCACCUGAAGUGCGUUCAGCAUGGCGAGUGAAGGCAAACAAGUUGUUCAGCCAACAGGUGAUGAUGGAGGAGGAGCAGGGAAAGAAGGAAACGCUGCUGAAGGGGGAAGUGUGCGGCAGCCUUUGAACCCAGGAGUGCCCAUCCGAGGGAUCAAGAUGAAAUUCGCGGUGCUGACGGGACUGGUGGAAGUUGGAGAAGUAUCCAACAAAGACAUAGUCGACACUGUAUUUAAUCUGCUUGUUGGAGGCCAGUUUGACUUGGAAAUGAACUUUAUCAUCCAAGAAGUAGAGGGCAUCACCUGCAUGGUGGACUUGCUGGACAAGUGUGAUGUCACUUGCCAGGCUGAGGUGUGGAGCAUGUUUACAGCAAUCUUGAAGAAAAGUAUACGCAAUCUACAAGCAUGCACAGAAGUGGGGCUAGUUGAACAAGUGCUCAAGAGAAUUGACAGAGCUGACAACAUGAUUGCAGAUCUCUUGGUGGAUAUGCUGGGUGUGUUGGCUAGCUAUAACUUGACAGUUCGAGAGCUGAAGUUAUUCUUCAGCAAGCUUCAAGGAGAAAAAGGGAGAUGGCCACCACAUGCUGGGAAGUUAUUGUCUGUGUUAAAACACAUGCCUCAGAAGUAUGGACCUGAUGCCUUCUUCAACUUCCCAGGAAAAAGUGCUGCAGCUAUUGCCUUACCUCCUAUAGCCAAGUGGCCCUAUCAGAAUGGAUUUACUUUCCACACUUGGCUAAGAAUGGAUCCUGUAAAUAAUAUCAAUGUGGAUAAAGAUAAGCCUUACUUAUAUUGCUUUCGAACAAACAAAGGACUCGGUUAUUCUGCCCACUUUGUUGGAGGCUGCUUGAUUGUAACAUCCAUAAAAUCAAAGGGAAAAGGUUUCCAGCACUGUGUAAAAUUCGAUUUCAAGCCACAAAAGUGGUAUAUGGUUACUAUAGUGCACAUCUAUAACCGCUGGAAGAAUAGUGAACUUCGAUGUUAUGUGAAUGGAGAACUGGCAUCUUAUGGAGAAAUAACAUGGUUUGUCAACACCAGUGAUACAUUUGACAAAUGUUUCCUGGGUUCUUCAGAAACAGCAGAUGCCAAUCGAGUGUUUUGUGGGCAAAUGACAUCCGUUUACCUUUUUAGUGAGGCACUCAAUGCUGCUCAGAUCUUUGCCAUUUAUCAGCUGGGUCUGGGUUAUAAGGGAACAUUCAAAUUCAAGGCAGAAAGUGAUCUCUUCCUUGCCGAACAUCACAAAUUGUUGCUAUAUGAUGGCAAACUGUCCAGUGCUAUUGCUUUUAUGUACAAUCCAAGAGCUACAGAUGCUCAGCUGUGUCUGGAGUCAUCACCUAAAGAUAAUCCUUCUAUUUUUGUUCAUUCACCACAUGCCCUCAUGCUGCAGGAUGUGAAAGCGGUCUUAACGCAUUCUAUCCAAAGUGCCCUGCACUCAAUUGGAGGAGUGCAGGUACUUUUCCCUCUCUUCGCACAGUUAGACUAUAGGCAAUAUUCAUCGGACCACAUUGACACAACUGUUUGUUCCACUUUACUGGCUUUCAUUAUGGAGUUGUUGAAGAACUCCAUUGCUAUGCAAGAGCAAAUGCUUGCCUGCAAGGGCUUCCUUGUGAUAGGAUAUAGCCUGGAAAAGUCUUCCAAAGCCCAUGUUACCCGAGCUGUACUAGAACUUUGCCUUGCCUUUUCAAAAUACCUGAGCAACUUACCCAAUGGGGUGCCCUUGCUGAAGCAGCUGUGUGAUCAUGUUCUCCUUAAUCCUGCAAUAUGGAUUCAUAUCCCAGCAAAGGUUCAGCUGAUCCUGUACACAUACCUGUCUACUGAAUUCAUUGGCACUGUAAAUAUUUAUGGUGCCAUCCGGCGAGUUGGGACAGUUCUUUUGGUCAUGCAUACCCUCAAGUAUUAUUACUGGGUAGUGAAUCCUCAGGAUCGCAGUGGUAUAACUCCCAAGGGCAUAGAUGGGCCACGGCCUACUCAAAAAGAAGUUUUAUCUCUGCGAGCAUUCUUGUUAAUGUUCGUUAAACAGCUAGUGAUGAAGGACUGUGGAAUAAAAGAAGAUGAAUUGCAGGCUAUCCUCAAUUACCUGCUCACGAUACAUGAGGAUGACAAUCUAAUGGAUGUCUUGCAGUUGCUUGUUGCUCUGAUGUCAGAGCAUCCUAGUUCUAUGAUCCCUGCUUUUGAUCAGAGGAAUGGAUUACAGGUCGUCUACAAGCUUUUAGCAUCAAAAAGUGAAGGCAUCAGGGUGCAAGCCUUAAAAGUGAUGGGAUAUUUCUUAAAGCAUCUCGCUCCAAAGAGAAAAGCUGAAGUCAUGCUUGGACAUGGAUUGUUCUCUUUGUUGGCUGAAAGGCUGAUGCUUCAGACAAGCUUAAUCACCAUGACCACAUACAAUGUCCUGUUUGAGAUUCUGACGGAACAGAUUUGCACUCAAGUGAUACAUAAACAACAUCCUGACCCAGAUUCAACAGUGAAGAUACAAAAUCCUCAGAUUUUGAAGGUUAUUGCAAUCCUGCUACGUAAUUCUCCACCUUGUCCAGACACUCUGGAGGUUCGGCGAGCCUUUCUUUCGGAUAUGAUUAAACUUUUUAAUAACAGCAGAGAAAAUAGGAGGAGUUUGUUGCAGUGCUCUGUCUGGCAGGAGUGGAUGCUUUCCCUUUGCUGUUUUAAUCCCAAGACUUCUGAGGAACAGAAGAUAACUGAGAUGGUGUAUACCAUAUUUCGAAUUUUGCUUUACCACGCAAUCAAAUAUGAGUGGGGUGGCUGGCGUGUUUGGGUGGAUACACUGUCAAUCACACAUUCAAAGGUAACUUUUGAAAUGCACAAAGAGAGUCUUUCUCAAAUGUACAAGGAAUAUCAAGCAAAAGGAGGUGAAGGGAGUGGAAUAUGUUCUUCAACUCCGAUUAGAACAAUCUCUGGAGUUAGCAAAGAAGCUGAAACCAAGGGAAAGCAGCAAUGUUUGGAGUUAAAAGAUGAUUCUACUGCUCCUUCCUGCAUUAUUGAUGAUGAUACGGAGUGCAGUACUGAAAAGAAAGAGACAAAUACUACCUCAUCAGGUGGUGACCAACGAACUCAUUCAGUGUCUAAUCACAGGGAAGAGUUAGAGGGGGAAGACAGAGAGACUACACAGGAAAGUGUGGAUAUUACUCCAGAACCAGACACAAUAAAGCCCAGUGUUUCAGAAAUUAGUACUGGAAUAGCUGAAGCAAUUGAUGAUUCUGUGAGCAAAGCUCUUGAGUUUGUGGAAGAAACAGUAGCUGUCACUGCUGCUUCUUUACCAAUGAAGACUACUUUGGAAGGAGAAACUCCUGAAAGUCCAGAAAGACUGGAAAAAUCAACAGUAGAGGUGGAAGAUGAAGAUGGCUUUGUUGAUUUGAAAGAAGAAGGUAGUCUGCCUUUGCCAUUGGAAGAUUUUGCAGAUAUGAACAAGGAAUGUAGCUCUAAUGAACGUGAAGUGACAAAGCAGGAAGAAACAAUGGAGAAACAACCUGAAUGUGUGCUUUUAAAAUCCGAAGAUACUGAAGGUGUGGAUGGGAAAAACGGAGAACCGACUUCUUUACCAGAAACAGUGAGUUCUGCAGUUGAAGAAGUAGCAACUCAACCAGAUUCAGAAGGGGAAAAGAAGAUGGAGGAAGAAAAGAUUGUUUUUAGCAAAAUCAAAACAGCUGAAGAAGAUGCAAACGCACAUGUGCCAGAGCCUGCUGGAGCCUCUGAGAAAAGAAUUGCCAGGCUUGAUGUUUCUAGUGUCGCAUCAGAUACAGAAAGACUGGAACUGAAAGCUAACACAUGUCUAGAAGCACCUCUGCCCCCUAGAUCCAUACCUGAGACGUCAGGACAGCAAGAUUCUUCAGGACAAGAGCUAGCUGCUACAUCAGAUGGGCAGAGAAGAGACUCUAGGUCAACUGUGUUUCGUAUUCCUGAGUUUAAGUGGUCACUGAUGCAUCAGCGCCUGCUCACAGACUUACUCUUUUCCAUAGAAACAGAUAUACAGAUGUGGAGAAGCCAUUCUACAAAAACUGUGAUGGACUUUGUGAAUAGCAGUGACAACGUCGUAUUUGUGCACAACACAAUUCACCUCAUCUCUCAAGUAAUGGACAACAUGAUCAUGGCUUGCGGUGGUAUAUUGCCAUUGCUUUCUGCUGCCACAUCCGCUACUCAUGAAUUGGAGAAUAUUGAGCCAACUCAAGGACUUUCAGUAGAAGCAUCUUUAACAUUUCUCCAGAGAUUAAUCAACCUUGUGGAUGUGCUAAUUUUUGCAAGCUCUCUUGGUUUCACUGAUAUUGAAUCUGAGAAAAAUAUGUCAUCUGGAGGAAUUCUGCGACAAUGUCUUCGUCUGGUAUGUGCGAUAGCAGUAAGAAAUUGCUUGGAGUGUCAGCAGCAUGCACAGAUGAAGCCUGUUGGAGACGCUGUGAAGAAUCAAAAAGCAGUGCAGGGCUUUAUAGGAACAGGAAAGUCUGCAGCAAAGAGUCCAGUAGACAUUGUGACUGGUGGCAUUUCUCCAGUACGAGACCAUGACAGACUUCUGCAGGAUAUGGAUAUUAAUCGACUUCGAGCAGUAGUGUUCAGAGAUAUAGAGGACAGUAAACAGGCUCAGUUUUUGGCUUUGGCUGUUGUAUAUUUUAUAUCUGUGCUCAUGGUUUCGAAAUACAGAGAUAUACUGGAACCCCAGAAUGAAAGACAACCACGAAACCAUAGCCAGUCAUUCAAGGAGUCUGAGGAUGAAAAUAAUGAAACUCCUGCUGCUGAUGCGGAAAACCCGUCUGCUGAUCUCGGUGCUUCAGCUUCAGCCCCUGCUGAAGAUUCAGAAAGUACAGCAUCUGUACAAAGAAAGGAUUCUGGUCUUGGGGAGGAACCGGCUUCAGGGCAAACCAACAGUUCUGGUGGUGUUGCUGAAGCAGGACCUCUGAAUGUCAGUGCAGGUCCGGAUGCAAUCAGUGAAGUACUGUGCACACUCUCAUUAGAAGUAAAUAAGUCUCAGGAGGGCAGGAGUGAGGCAGGAACUGAGGAUAAUAAGCCUGCAACUUCUGUGCCAGCUGCAAAAAAUGUCAAUGUAAAGGACAUCCUGAGAAGCCUGGUAAGCACACCAGCUGAUGGGACUGCAGUGGAUCCUGCUCUUCUGCCACCAACCUUCCUUGGAGUUCUUGGGGAUGGAGCUGCUGAGCAGGCUGUACAGUUCCAUUCAUUUGACAGGAGUGUUGUUGUACCACCGAAGAAAUCAACCCUUUCCUCUUCUACAGCUGCUAUGGGUAUUCCUACAAAUGCCGUCAGUGUAGUUUCUUCUGUAGAUUCAGCCCAAGCCCCGGAUUUGUCGGGAGAAUCUCCUGGAAGGGGAUCAUCUAAUUCGAAAUUACCAUCUGUUCCUACAGUUUCUUCAGUGCCUGAGGAUUCCACCUCAAAUAUGAGUAUUACAGACAGGCUUGAACAUGCUUUGGAAAAAGCUGCCCCACUUCUGAGAGAGAUUUUUGUGGAUUUUGCUCCCUUUCUUUCUCGGACUCUUUUGGGCAGCCACGGACAGGAGUUGCUGAUAGAAGGUACAAGUCUCGUGUGCAUGAAAUCUAGCAGUUCAGUUGUGGAACUGGUGAUGCUGCUUUGCUCUCAGGAGUGGCAGAACUCUAUACAAAAGAAUGCUGGCCUUGCGUUUAUUGAGCUUGUCAAUGAAGGAAGGUUACUGAGUCAAACCAUGAAGGACCAUUUGGUAAGAGUGGCUAAUGAAGCAGAAUUCAUCUUGAGCAGACAAAGAGCAGAAGAUAUUAACCGCCAUGCUGAUUUUGAGUCACUGUGUGCCCAGUAUUCUGCAGACAAACGGGAAGAAGAAAAAAUGUGUCAUCAUUUGAUAAUGGCAGCUAAGUACCGAGACCAGGUGACCGCAACUCAACUAAUACAGAAAAUUAUCAACAUUCUGACAGACAAGCAUGGAGCCUGGGGAAGCUCGGCACCAAGUCGUCCUCGUGAGUUCUGGCGCCUCGACUACUGGGAAGAUGACUUGCGGCGCCGGCGACGAUUUGUGCGUAACCCCCUUGGAUCGACACAUCCUGAAGCGACACUAAAAGCAGCCGGAGAACAUGCUCCUGAUGAAGAUAUAAUUGUUAAAGGAAAGCAGUCCAUCAAGAGCCAAGUUUUGGGAAAUCAGAACUCGGAAAGUGAGAUUCUCUUGGAAGGUGACGACGAUAUCAUGUCAUUCAUGGAGGAAAGAGAAGUGGAAAAUUUAACGGGUCCAGUUGCCCUAAGCACACCAGCUCAGCUUGUGGCACCUUCCGUUGUGGUGAAAGGCACUCUUUCCAUCACUCUUUCUGAGCUCUACUUUGAGGUGGAUGAAGAAGAUCCUAGUUUUAAGAAAAUCGACCCAAAGAUUCUGGCAUGUACAGAAGGACUCCAUGGGAAAUGGCUCUUUUCAGAGAUUCGAGCUAUCUUUUCCCGACGCUAUCUUUUGCAAAAUACAGCGCUGGAGAUAUUCAUGGCAAAUAGAGUGGGUGUCAUGUUCAACUUUCCUGACCAAGCAACAGUAAAGAAAGUGGUUAACUGUCUACCUCGGGUUGGUAUUGGUACCAUCUUUGGACUACCUCAGACCAGACGAAUUUCUUUGGCUAGUCCACGACAGAUUUUCAAAGCUUCCAAUAUGACUCAGCGAUGGCAACAACGAGAAAUUUCCAACUUUGAAUACCUGAUGUUUCUAAACACUAUAGCAGGUCGAACUUACAAUGAUUUAAAUCAGUACCCUGUCUUCCCUUGGGUUAUCACCAACUAUGAAUCAGAGGAGCUGGACCUUACACUUCCCAGCAACUUCAGGGAUUUGUCAAAGCCUAUUGGAGCUUUGAACCCAAAGAGAGCAGCGUUCUUUGCCGAGAGAUAUGAAUCGUGGGAAGAUGAUCAGGUUCCAAAAUUUCAUUAUGGCACACAUUAUUCAACUGCAAGUUUUGCACUCACAUGGUUAUUAAGAAUUGAGCCCUUUACGACAUUUUUCCUAAAUCUGCAAGGUGGGAAGUUUGAUCAUGCAGACAGAACUUUUUCAUCAAUUUCAAGAGCAUGGCGCAAUAGUCAGCGUGAUACUUCUGAUAUCAAGGAAUUGAUUCCUGAAUUCUAUUACCUCCCAGAGAUAUUUGUCAACAGCAACAAUUACAAUCUGGGAGUGAUGGAUGAUGGAACAGUUGUGUCUGAUGUUGAACUUCCACCGUGGGCCAAAACCCCAGAAGAAUUUGUUCGCAUAAACAGACUGGCAUUAGAAAGUGAGUUUGUUUCCUGCCAGCUUCACCAGUGGAUUGAUCUGAUUUUUGGCUACAAACAGCAAGGGCCAGAGGCUGUUAGGUCCCUGAAUGUAUUCUACUAUUUGACUUACGAAGGAGCUGUUAAUUUAAAUUCAAUAACGGAUCCAGUAUUGAGAGAGGCUGUUGAAGCUCAAAUACGAAGUUUUGGACAGACCCCUUCCCAACUGCUCAUAGAACCACAUCCUCCAAGAAGUUCUGCCAUGCAGGUGUAUCUCCUCCUGCAGAGUCCGUUGAUGUUCACAGACCAAGCUCAACAGGAUGUUAUCAUGGUUCUCAAGUUCCCAUCCAACUCCCCUGUAACUCACGUAGCAGCCAACACCCAGCCUGGUCUGGCCAAUCCUGCUGUGAUCACAGUUACUGCCAAUAGGUUAUUUGCUGUAAACAAGUGGCAUAAUCUUCCUGCUCAUCAAGGUGCUGUACAAGACCAGCCUUACCAGCUGCCAGUGGAAAUCGAUCCUCUCAUAGCCAGCAAUACAGGUAUGCACAGAAGGCAAAUCACUGACCUUUUAGACCAAAGCAUUCAGGUACAUUCCCAGUGUUUUGUCAUCACCUCUGAUAAUCGUUACAUCUUGGUCUGUGGCUUCUGGGACAAGAGUUUCCGAGUUUAUUCUACUGACACAGGUAAAAUGAUACAAGUAGUAUUUGGACACUGGGAUGUUGUAACCUGUCUUGCUCGUUCCGAGUCCUAUAUUGGAGGAAAUUGUUACAUUCUCUCAGGAUCACGUGAUGCAACAUUGCUGCUCUGGUACUGGAAUGGCAAAACCAAUAUCAUUGGUGAUAAUCCAAGAGGUGAUUUUGCAACUCCUCGAGCUAUUUUGACAGGACAUGACUAUGAGAUCACCUGUGCUACCAUUUGUGCUGAACUUGGCCUGGUAAUAAGUGGUUCAAAAGAAGGACCAUGUCUCAUACAUUCUAUGAAUGGAGAUCUACUGAGGACAUUAGAAGGUCCUGAAACAUUAGAAGGUCCUGCAAGCUGCCUGAGACCAAAACUUAUUCAAGCUUCAAGAGAAGGCCACUGUGUCAUAUAUUAUGAAAACGGUGUCUUCUGUGUAUUCAGUGUGAAUGGGAGACUUCAAGCCACUAUGGAAACAGAUGACAAGAUAAAGGCAAUUCAGCUGAGUCGAGAUGGACAGUAUCUGCUUACAGGUGGAGACAAUGGAGUCGUCAUGGUAUGGCAGAUGUGGGACCUCAAGCAGCUUUUUGCAUACCCGGGGUGUGAUGCUGGAAUCCGAUCCAUGGCCCUGUCGUAUGACCAAAGGUGUAUAAUGACUGGCAUGGCAUCUGGGAGCAUAGUGGUUUUCUACAAUGAUUUCAACCGUUGGCACCAUGAGUAUCAAACCAGAUACUGAUCUUCAAGAGACCAAGAUUAGCACUGAUGUGGGCAGCUGUUGUCAGAAGGCAACUGAACACAGCACGCUUCCCUUGGUGUCUUGCCACAGCAUUGUUCGUUAUAAAUAGCUAUAUUACAUCUGAAUGUAACUUAAAUUUGCUGGAAGAAGCAACCUAUUUUUUAAAGUUAAUUGCUAUUUUUGUAGACCUUGCUUGACUUUUUUGGGGGAAGGGCAAAGAAGCAAAAAAAUGGCUGCUGGGUUCUGUAGUCAAAAAUCUAUAUUUUUAGUCAUAAUGAGAAGUCUAUUUUGAUCCCUGUAUGUAAAAGAAACCUAAAGUAAAGAUGGUUAAACUUCACAUUCUAGCUAUAUUAUGAAGAAAACACUUUUCCAUCUGAAGCUUUAUCUAUAGCCUUGAGGAAUAUAUGAUUUUAACAUAAUGGAAAUGAAUUAUGAUGUUUGGGGAAUUUUAAUCUGCGCUAUCUAUAUUACACUUUCUCAUUCUUUUCCAAACAAUUGUACUACAUCAGCACUGAAGUUUCUGGGAAUCAGUCGUAAUAUUUAAAUUAUGGUUAAUGUAAUUUUAAACUUUGCAAAUCAUUUCCAUCAUUGUUACUAUUCAAGCAUGUUUCUAGGCCUAGACAAUUAGUUACUUUUUUAGUUGUAUGUUUUGUGCUGUUAGGAGAGAGAAAUUGGGAAUGGAGUUUGUGUUACAUCAAGUGUGAAUCCUUCUAGCUUCUAACUGGCAUCUCCUUCAAAAGCACACCAAAAUGUGGAUUGUUCCUCAAAAUCUGAAAGGCUAUUUGCAGACCUUAAACUCAAAUUAGAAACCUACAGAGGCAUGUGUUUUUUAAUCGGUGCAAGUACCAAAGCACACUUCUGCUGGCUGACUGUGAAAGUACUGAAAAGGUGGCUGUUUGCUGAUGUGCAGCCUCAAUACAACAGCAGAAGCACCGGACUUGCAGGCAACUUUAUUUUUUUCCCCAGGACUAAGCCCUGCAAUACUUAGCACAUGCCAUGUUCCUUUUCUGCCUAUAGCUCAAUAUCUUUUAUAUUUUGCUAUCACCAAAUCCAGUCAGAUCCUGCCCAGUCAUAUUGAAUUACCUCUUUCUUUUAGGAAAUGAAAAAUAAUUUAUACUAAGGAACAAUAAGUUAUUUUGGUGUUGCACAAAUCUACUUUUCUACGAGAUUGCUGUGCAGAAUUCUGUGAAAAUAUUUGUGUAAAGAACUGUUAUUGUUUUGUAAGUCUGUAUUGCAUAAAAAUCUUCUUCGUAUGUUGUGAUCUAUAUGAGUUGAAAUUUACAUUCCAUAUCUGUAUUGAUACAUACAUUUCUCUACCUGCCUACUAGAGCAGUUCCUGUUUUUCUAAGCAUUUAACUGCUAUUUCUUUCAGUAAAGAUUUGGAAUGAGAAAAUUCAGUUUGAGUGAAGAAAUUAAAUAAAAUUACGUUUGUAACAGA